AUGAAGCCUGUCCAGAUGUUCAAAAUAAUUUUAAUAGGCGAGUCAGGCGUUGGGAAAACGUCUCUAAUUAAUAGGUAUGUCGAAAAUUCGUUUGACCCUGUGUAUAAGUCAACAAUUGGAUGCGAUUUUUUGUCAAAGAAUGUACAGUACGAAGGUGUUGAAUAUGUUCUACAGAUAUGGGAUACCGCGGGACAUGAAAAAUUCUCAUCGAUGAUAUCAUCAUUCUACAGAGGGUCUGACGGCGCGUUUGUUGUCUUUGAUGUGACAGACACUGCGUCAUUCUCAAAUCUGGACUCAUGGAUUAAUGAGUUUUCUGGAAGCAUCAAUAACGAUGUGCCAAUUAUUGUGUGUGGGAACAAAACCGAUUUGGAGAAUAGGUGUGUGCCGACUGCUUCUGCACAACAGUGGUGCGAUUUACGAAAUUACACAUACGUUGAGUCCAGUGCAAAAUCGUCAGCGGGAGUGACAGACAUGUUUGCAACAAUCGUGAAGUUAAUUGUUGAUAAUAAAAAGGGCGAUGAUGUGUCAGAAGACUUAAAACCAAUUGCGAUCAAUGUCAAGCCGAAGAAUGAUUGCUGUUGA